AUGCUAUGCGCCUCGGUCUUCAUUGCUCACGGCGAGCUGCCCUACAAUGAAGGAGACGAACAGCCAUGCAGCGGCAGGCAAGGCACAGAUAUCGGAGAACCAAUGAAUCCGGACCAGGUAAUGGAUGAGUUUACUAAGUCUUUCAUCGGUAUGACCUUCGGACAGAUGAAGAGCAACAGCCAAGUUGAUUCGUGCAAUUCUCCCAGUAACUGUGCCAGCCUUUGGUCGCGCAUCGGUGCCAAGCGACUGAGAGAUGCAUACCAUCUGUAUCGAGCAAAGGGUCUCGAGGACAGGGCAGAAGCUUUGGGAAGGUUCUAUAACACCCUCAUAGCAUACAAAUACAUGGGCAUUUCACAAGCGUUUAAUGCGCUACGUCGAGGAUGGGAUAAGUUACCACUUACAAGUGUCAGGGAGGAACUACGCCGAAAGUUCUGCGCCUUCAGAAUACUCGAUGAGAAUGGAGCCUUUGUUCGCUGGUUUCCUAAUUAA